AUGGGUUAUGUCUCACUAACUUUGUAUUCUGAGAAUGUAUCGUUCGUCGAAGCAUCUGUGGCUGCUGGUAAAGGCACAAAAACAAACAACCAAACGCGCGCUGAGAACCAGGUUCAAGGAAACGGCACGAUAGACUUCCCCGAGUUCCUGACGAUGAUGGCGCGCAAGAUGAAGGACACCGACAGCGAGGAGGAGAUCCGCGAGGCGUUCCGUGUGUUCGACAAGGACGGCAACGGGUUCAUAUCGGCCGCGGAGCUGCGCCACGUGAUGACCAACCUCGGGGAGAAGCUCACCGACGAGGAGGUGGACGAGAUGAUCCGCGAGGCCGACAUCGACGGCGACGGACAGCGAUCGCGGCGGGAGGGCGGAUGCGAUGCCGUCCGACCGCACCCACCUGCCGUGGACCGUGGGGGGUCGCAUCCGCCCGCCGACACACCCGUAGCUGGUGCAUGCGUGUCUAAUGCAGUAGUGGCAUGUGGCGGUGUGCAGCGCCUGCUUGUGUGUGUGUGUGUCGCCUACCACUUGCGAGCGCGCGGCCGGCUCUCUCACACCGUCUCUCACGCUCACUCUCUCUCCCUCUCUCUUUCUUUCUCUGCAUCUGUCUCGAGCGAGGGCGAGCGCUCGGCGCCGUGUCGAUCACCGUCACUCGAACCGAGCACCUAG